CUGUUUGUAAGCUCCUUUUCACUAUGUGUUUUCAAAUCUCUACUAUUACUAACAUACGUAAAUCAAACGUCACACGUCAGAGGCGGUGCAAUCCUAACAAUCUCCGUACCCUUCCGGUGUCUUCUAAUACUUUAUUCUCUUUUCCUAUUGGUCUCUGGAACUGCCAGUCCGCUGUUAACAAAGCUGAUUUCAUUACAUCUUUUUCAAGUCAUUCAGGUCUCAGUCUAUUGGCCCUGACUGAGACCUGGAUCAGACCAGAGGACACUGUCACACCUGCUGCCCUCUCCACUAACUUCACUUUCUCACACACCCCUCGCCUGACCGGAAGGGGUGGUGGUACUGGUCUGCUCAUUUCAAAUGACUGGAAAUUUGAUCCUUUACCACCUCUAUUUGACAACAGCUCAUUUGAAUCACAUUCAAUUACCAUCACUAGUCCUAUAAAAAUCCAUUUUGUAGUUGUAUAUCGUCCCCCAGGUCAACUUGGCAGUUUCUUGGAGGAGCUUGAUGUGCUACUCUCAUCCUUCCCUGAAGAUGGUACUCCUCUUGUAAUUCUUGGAGACUUCAACAUCCACCUAGAAAAACCUCAGGCUGCCGAUUUCCACACCCUGCUUGCAUCAUUCGACCUCAAACGAGUAUCUACUGUGGCUACUCACAAAUCAGAACAACCUCUUGGACGACAAUCAGUCUGGUUUCAAAAGCGGACACUCAACUGAGACUGCCCUGCUCUCAGUAAUUGAAGCUCUGAGACUGGCAAGAGCAGCUUCCAAAUCCUCAGUCCUCAUCCUGCUGGAUCUGUCUGCUGCUUUUGACACAGUUAACCACCAGAUCCUCCUGUCAAUCCUAAAGAUGAAGGGCAUCUCGGGAACUGCACUCCAAUGGUUCGAGUCUUACCUCUCAGGAAGGUCCUUUAGGGUGUCGUGGAGAGGUGUGGCAUCUAAGACCCAACAUCUAGCUACUGGGGUGCCUCAGGGCUCAGUGCUUGGACCACUCCUCUUCUCCAUCUACAUGACAUCACUAGGAUCUGUGAUUCAGAAACAUGGCUUUUCCUAUCAUUGCUACGCUGAU